GCUGCCCAACCUCACAAGACUGACUGCCUGAGCUGAAAGACCACGCGCUCAUCAGGAUUACGAGCUUUGCUUCUUUCCUGUCAAUCAUCAACCAAACUGUCACCCACGCGAGUAUCUGCCGCGGCAGAUUAACUGCGGCGAUCGCUGACAGUCCAACUGGACGGUACAACGUGCUUGUUCGUUCCUUUUUGCCCGUCUCCUGUUGUCACUCUUGACUGUUUGACGCUUUGGGUCGUCUUGGCUGGUACAAAGCUCGUCUUUGGGAACUGCAAAUUCUGACAUCAAGGCCCAAACCUUUCCGUGUUUGGGCCGAUCCUGCGGCGUCUUGACCCCGUCGACACACCGUGUCUCUCUUACCAUCACUUUCACUGCCCUUGGUUUAACUCGUCGCGGCAGUCCGGCUCCUGGACAACUAGGUCUGUCUGCUUGAGCUUCUCGUUCGCUUGCUGCGGAACACGCAUGUCAUAGCAUAUUGUCGUGCGUUGCGUGCGUGCGUCCGCGCAAGCAAAGAUCAAACUAUCUCAUCCUCCAAGUUGAUCCAAGGACCCCAAUCUUGAGUCACCAGUGACAGAUUAUUGUUCCUUUGGGAGAUUCCUGGUGUUUUGUUUCCCACAUCUUAUCAGUGUUCAAUGUCAUAGUUCAUUGGCAGGUUUGUCUAAAGGUAAACAAUAUAAUGGCGAGCAAAAAGAAGAAAUCCCAGAAGCAGAAGACUGCUACUGGCACGGGUACAGCAGGAAAGAGUAUUCAAAAACGCAAGAAAGCGGUUUCUCGACGCAAUGAUAGAUGGGCGUCCGCCGCGGCUCCUCUGCCCAGCCUCGUCGUGCGACGACCUGCGCCAGUUAUAUCCUCAAAGCACACCACGUAUUUUGAGAUUGUUGAGAACACUGAAAAGAAGAAGAAACUGGAAUUCCAGGUUACAACAGACCGGACUCCACCGCCAGGGUUUGAAUUUGUUCCGAAUGGUAACCCGGACCUUACCAAUGCUUGUAAGGAGCUCUCAAGAGAGCAAGAUGCCAUGAUCUUCAUCGUUUCGGCUAUGGACCACGGUGACGGCAGUCAGCUCGGUCUACACAUGAACCGAGUCGGUCAUCACAUCCGGCGCACCAUCGUCGAACAAGCUAGGACUUCGUUGGGUCAAUCUUUGGAAUAUUUCCUGGAGACAGCUAGUGAUAAACGUCCAGAACCGAUUCCUGAAACCCAAGAGGAAAUCAACGCACAGGCAGAUGCUGCGCUAAGAGACCUGUUUCCGCGUAUGCCAAAUACAGACCGGCAGAUGGUCAUUGACCGUUCAUUUCGGAAGGGAGGCGGAGAAACAGUAGGCUUGGCCGCCGACCUGACUCUGUCACGACGAGUCCAGCUCGCCGUACUUGCACAUAUUCGCCAUACCCAUACCACCUACGACGAGCUCUGGAGGACCCAUGGCUGGGCCACGGCCAGGAAAGCAAUCGAGGCCACAUGCCUUGAUUUUAUUGUCAAGUGGCGAGGAGAUGAAGAGACUGGUCGUGAUCAGUUGGAUGAGAUCCUACGAGAGGUGAUUGUCAUCUCAGACUCUGAUGAUUCAGACGAUGAAGACAACGAGGACGAUGAUGAUACCGAAGACGAUAGUUCAGAGACCGAGGACAGUGAUCAGACCGAAGCUGGCGAGAUUGAUGGCAAGAUGUCCUCGCCCCGUGAUCAGGCUCCAUACAGGCCCGACCCGUAUAGGCCAGGGUACGUGACUGGUAGACAGGGGGAGCAAUACCGACCGCCCCGUAUCUCAGCCAGCUCUGGGCAAACUUUCCAAAGGAGACUGAACUCCACAAACUUCAGGCGCUAUGAGGCUGUCGCACAGACUCGGUGGGAGCAGGCUCAAAACAGGGUUCGCCAUGAAAAUGUACAACUGAAUCCUGUUCCCCAAGCCCCCUUGGGGCGCGUCGACAAUCAUUCGGAUUUGCAGCCCUAUCAAGCCUACAAGCCGCGCAGCCAACAGCCAGCUCCUUCUAACAGAGACAAUGGCCGUCCUGGUCUGCUCCCUGCCGAAGAGAUUCUCAGUGGUCCUCCUCGUGCAGUGGACCCAAGGGCAUCCAUUUCGACAGCAGUCAAGGGUUUGGAGCUUCAGGACUAUCUGGUUCCUUCAAUUGAGCCUAGAUCUCCAGAAAAUCUCAACAGUCCCAUCUUUGUGCGUGCUUUACCCCCACGAGUACAAGAACGACAGUCUACUGGCACAUUACUCCGGCGACGAUCUCGCAGCCCGGCCUAUCGCUCUCCACAACCCUCUGCAACGUUUGACCGCACCGAAGAGCGCGGUUACCUCAAUCCCGACCCUAACACAGCGGCCAAGUACCGUGUUGAUGGCGGAGGAUUGUCCUCCAGACCUAUCGGCUCGUCUGAUGUAAUCGGCAUGGCGGAUUGUAGCCAAGGCUCGUAUUUGGUAUUGCCUGAUGACAGAAGAAAGUAUACGGAUAUGCGUUCGCACCAGCAACAUCAUACUGCUGCCCCCCCUCACUUACCGCCAGCUUCGCAGCCUUGGCCGUCACAACGUGACAUUGCGCCAAGAGUUGAAAUUGAGCCUCAAGGCUCUUACCCUAAUCAUCGCGAGACCGUGCUUCUUAGAACGGAGCGCCGCCCCAUAUUGGUCGAGGAUUGGGAUAGACGAAGAACUGUUGAGCAGCCCAUGUCAGCAGGCACCGUUGGGUGGCCGGUGUUGGCAGAAGAUUGGGGACGCCCUGUAUUCACAUCAGCUCGCCCACUUCCUCCUGAUAUCCCAUUCACCCCGACAUUGCGGGAACGCGGCUUGGUGCAACCUGAUAUUCCUGGUCUUCCUGUGGUUGACCACAACGAUCCCCGAGCUGCAGCAUAUUCGAGGCGCUUAUUGUCCUCCAGGGAAAUCUACCCCCAGCCUCGUGUCCGAGAAUACCCACAAAAUCGCGAACAACUACCGAUGCAGCCUCGUGAUUCGAUUUUCAGACCACCACCCCCACAGUACCGACCACGGCCAGUGGAUACGCCUGGUCGACGACAUCAAAUUCUCGACGAGGAAAUGGCUUCCAUGCGAUUUAACGAUGUGCGCGCUGCAACCGAUGGAUUUGGAGAGCCUCAUCGGAUCAGAGUGGCCCCGCCUGCGAAUUUGAUGCACGCGACACACACGUCGCAAGAAAGACGGUACCCAAACGACACAGAGCAUCGUCCAUCCACCUUUGCUCCGCGUGUAGAAUACAUUCACUUCGACUAAAAACCAGCCUUGUCCAUAAACCUUGCGGAUCACAAUGCUGGUAUUUCGGCCAUAUUGCGAAAUAUGCGAGCGAGUCGAGCAGUUCAGGGUUAAUGAUAUAAGAGUAAUGUUUAGUGGAUGAUGGUCUUUGUCUGGCCGGAGAGACAUUUUGUUUACGGCGAUUAUCGUCAAGACACGAGGAGUACGGUUGGGGCAAAUAAUGUUUUCAAUUCGGAAGAUACCCGGGAUGCAUUAGUGGCGCUGUAUACCACAUACCACAUGGAAAAGGCGAACGGAGUUGAUGAUUUUGUAGGGAUAAUGUUACAAUAAUAAUUCAGGGAAAUCACACCAUUAUUUUCCGCAAA